UCUCUCUCGCUGUGUGUGUGUCUCUCUCUCUCUCUCUCUCUCGCUGUGUGUGUGUCUCUCUCUCUCUCUCUCUCUCUCUCUCUCUCUCUCUCUCUCUCUCUCUCUCUCUCUCUCUCUCUCUCCCUCCCUCCCUCCCUCUCCCUCCCUCUCUCUCUCAUGCACACACUCGCACUCGCUGCUUGUGGAUGUGACAGCCGGAGUGCCAAAGCGGGAUUCGGUGUUAAAUCCUAUUUUCUCUAAAUUUGGACGUUUUCAGACGGAGUUUCUGCGCGGGAGCAUCCGCGCCGUUCAGAGCCGUUCAUCCCGCGACUUCGGAUGUUCCCGAAGCGAUGACCGAUCUCCGUCAGCAUCGCCCCACGUGUCACCAUGGUUACCCAUCAGCUCGGUGACUGCCGACCCUCUCCGCUCCGGUUCAAUCAGCUGCUGGGAUGCACGUGAUGGCCAGCGUCUCCCAGGCCAAUGAGAGGGAGGGCUUCUCCCUGCAGAAGGGGGGCGUGGCCGUCGCCGCUCCGACGACUCCUCCUUCGCCUCCUCGUCCUCCGUCGGGAUUCUCUGAUGUCAACCAGACGAGACCGCCUCCUCCUGCUCCCCCUCCCCCUCCUCCCCCUCCUCCUCUUCUUCCACCUCCCCCUCCCCCUCCCAUGCCGCCCUUGCUUCCAGGCCUUGGAAACCCUGAAGGUGGUCUGAGGAAGAAGAAGAGAGUGAGGAGUUUCUUUUGGAAGACGAUACCUGAGGAUCAGGUGAAGGGGCGGGCCAACCUUUGGACUCAGGGUCAGGUGCAGCAGCAGUUCCAGAUCGACGUCCAGACCAUCGAGGAGCUCUUUGGUCAGAAUGACUCACAAUCAAACGGCAAGGCCGCGCUCGCCAGGGGAGGAAAGACCAGGAGCUCGUUCAGAGAGGCCAAAGAGGAGGUCACCAUUCUGGACCCUAAGCGAGGCAUGAACUUUGGGAUUUUCCUCAAACAGUUCAAGAGGUCCAAUCAGACGAUAGUAGAUGAUAUUCACCAUGGCAACAGUGAAGCUUAUGGGGCGGAGCCUCUGAGAGAGCUGCUGAAGCUGCUGCCAGAGAUAGAAGAGGUGGAGAAGCUGAAGUCGUACCGGGGAGACACCUCUAAGCUCUCAUUGGCCGAUUCCUUCUUGCACCUGCUGAUUCAGCUGCCCAGUUACUCGGCGCGUAUCGAGUCGAUGCUGCUGAAAGAAGAGUUUCCUGGAGCGUGUGAAGUCAUGAAACGAGACAUUAAGAUCCUUCGCUCAGCCACCAAAGAGUUAAUGUGUUGUGAGGAGCUCCAUGCUGUUCUCCACCUGGUGCUUCAGGCCGGAAACAUCCUCAACGCUGGAGGUUAUGCAGGAAACGCAGUCGGCUUCAAGCUGUCGUCCCUCCUGUCUCUUGCCGACACAAAAGCCAACAAACCCGGCAUGAACCUGCUUCACUUUGUGGCUCUGCAAGCCCAAAAAAAAGGCGACAAGCUGUUGACGUUUCCUCUGAAGCUGAGUCGUGUCCAACCUGCGUCCAGGAUCUCUUUGGAAACGCUGGACACUGACCUGCAGAGUCUGACGUCUCGCACACGCUCGGUAGAGGAAAAUGUCAAAAGAGACACGGAGCUACUGCAGCAACUGGACGACUUCCUUCAGUCGGCCACGUCGUCUCUGUGCUCACUGCGCUUCAGUCGGCAGAAACUGAAGAAGGAAGGCAGCGAGCUUAUCGACUUCUUCUGUGAAGACAGAGAAACGUUCAGAUUGGACGACUGCUUCAGCAUCUUCCACACCUUCUGCUCCAGGUUCUCUGCUGCUGUCAAGGAGAACCUGGACAGGGAGGCUAAGGAGGCAGCACGACGCCUACGGAUCCAGGAGCUGGAGGAGCAGAAGAGGCACUCGUGGGCGGGGGGCGAGGAGGUGGGCGGAGCAUUUAGGUUGCGGUGCAGCAGCGAGACGGAUAUGUCAGCUGCCAUGUCGAGACACAGCGAGGCUGGGCUGCUGGUGGAACUUCUGACCCGCCCGCGCUCGCCCAACACUGUGGGGCGCUCGGGGAGCUUACGGCGCUCACGGAAUUCUCCGUCGACCUCGCCGUCUAUCGCUGCUGAUCGCGAGCUGAGCAUGCUCCUGAGGGUGGGAAACGUUGAGCACAAUGAGGAAAAAGCUUUUUUAUCAACCUCGCCUGAAACGAGAAGCCCUGGACUCUCCCCUCAGCUUCGGCCACUGAGUCCAAGGCUCAGGACAUACAGCUUCCCCCAAAACCAGCAGCCUCAAGUGCAAACUCCUUCCUCCCCUCCCAAGAUAAUUUUGAGUGCAAACCAUGCAACCGCAAAUUACCUCAGCUACAAUGCGACCCCAUCUCAAUUCAACACCAUCAACACCAUAAAUAAAGAUUCUCUCAAACCUACCUCUGAUGUAAACCAGCAAUCUGACAGCAAAGACGGACUCGAUUUGAGUUUGAGCAGCCAGGGAACUCGUCCAGACCGUCAAUCUGGUAGGAGGGGGGAGCUAGCUAGAGUUAGAAAAGAUGAUCUGGACUUUACUGGACCGAUCGCCAGCUGUGACAAGGACUUUGAAUCAGGCAUGUCUGUGAUUGUGGAAAAAUGUACACUGGUGCCUGAGCUUAAAGUAUUCGACAAGGUGACCAGCAAGAACGGAGGGCCUUCCACCAGUCAUCUGCAUGGAUACCACCAGGAUGAUAUGGUAGUCACUGAUUUGGAAGAAGAGGUAUUGGACAAAUCCAAAGUCCAAAAAACACAGAAUAACCUUCAGAUCGCAGAAAAAUCGGACGCGCAGAUUUCUGAAACAAGCGCUUCCUUGUUGCAAAGAGAGGAAGAAGACAGACAAGAGGACAAGGUGAUUGUUUGGUGCGUGACCAGUGUGUGUGAGGCGGCUGGAGACCUCUCAAACCCUGACACACAUUCAGAAACGGCAAGGGAUCAGAGAAGGAGUGACAAUCAGGGAGGAAGUCAGCAAGCUUCCUCUGUUGCAGCCAAUGGCAUGCCUUUAAAACCUCAACUGGCCAAUGAGAAGCAAGUGCCUGUACCCAUUAGCAGCCAACCAGUGCCUGUUUCCCGCUGUGACAACACAUCACUUCAAGGUGCUUCCCCAAGGUGGCGUCCAGCAGAGUCUCCAUUGGCCAGUGAUUUGCCUGCUCUCACCGAAGAUGCCUCCAAGGAAGCUAAAGAACCAGCCAAUCAAUCGGAAGAAAAGGAGGGCUCCCCAAAUGACAAGAGAGAUUUUGAGAAGGUCCAAGAACAAUCAAUGGAUAACCGGAUCAGAUACGAUACGGGUUCCUGUUUGGACCCAUGUGGAAAGACAGAAGCAGAUUCUUCUUCUAAGGGAAAGGCACGACAAUUGACAUCUUCCAAACCAUCCACCAAGAACCUCCCUACAUCCAAAACUCAACAGUCUGGUAUGAAACCUGCAGCCCCAAACAACAACUCUGCCACCAACAAGUACAAACCUGUCCGCACCCUUACCAACUCGGAGAACCAGGGCAUGAGGCGGGUAGUUCCCAUCUCAAGGACCAACCGAGGUAUUCCAUCUCAGAGCAAACGUCCCGAGAAAACCCCUGGAACCCAACAGGGCUCGUCUAGCACUGGGAAACCUGCUGGUUUGAAAGCCUCCAAUGUCAUCAGUGCAUCCAUUGGUCGAGGAGAGAGGCCCUCAACUGCUCCUUCAUCCCGCCGCUCCAGCAUCCACAAGGCCGCGGACCCCAAGGAUUCGAAGGACCAGAAGGUUCCAGGUGCUCGGGCGUCUACCCAAGAGCAGAACCUGGGCUUGCAGAGGAAGCCGUCCAUUCGGAAGCCUUUGGCAAAACUCAAACCCCAACCAGAGGAGAAGAUGUGUCGCUCAACGCUAAGGGCGCUCGCUCAAGGAGGUGUAGGUAGCGUCAGUGCCCCUGCUACUCCAAUGCACAAAGCAGGAACCCCUUCAUCAAUGCUUCCAAGUUUUGCCCGAAACACCGCCUCUUCCUCUUUCAGACGAACUAGCACCCCCCUAACUCCUCCAACUCCACCUCAGUCACCACAGUCUGGCUUAGACGCGUCUCCUAAAUCCUCCCCCAAGACCACAUCAUUCUCAACCGUCACCUUACCCGGCACCUCCUCACCUUUUAUACGAACUGGCUCAUUGAGAGUCUCCACCACCCCCAGAUCCUCAGAUCACAAGAACUCCUCCUCAACCCCAUUAACAAGGUCACAGAGCAUUAGGGUGCCUCCUCGCUCAUCCCCCCAUGACUCACUGGGUCCCCCUAGAGGACACCGGCGGAAUGACAGUGGCACGUUCUCAGACAAGUCGAGUCAUUCUAGGGACUCGAGCAAAUCCACAAGGCCAACCUGGAGAUAACAGGACAUAUCUGAGACAGCAUUCUCACAGGGAAUCUCACGCUCCUAUCUUUUUUUUUACAGCAGUACACCAGAGAAUACAUUCCAAUAAGUUGUUGGUCUACUACCGCCUUGAUCUUUUUGCGUUGUAUCACUGUGUAGUCUUUGUGUUUUAAAGGGUUGGCUUAAUGCAAAAACAGCCCAAAAACACAAAAAAUAUACCAAGCAGUGCAGUGGCAGAUUAAAUACUCCUGUGCUCUGAGGUAGAAUCACUGUUUUUGUCUAUGGAGUUUGGCGGCUUUGAAGAGAGCGAUGUUACAGCUGCUUCCAGCUUCCCAAAAGAAUCUUCCUCUUUAACAAAUAAAGGUGUAUCUCUUUAGGGAAACCUUCUGUUGACUGACACUUAGAGUAACAAUCUGAGUCUGUCAGUGACUAAAACCACUUUUAAUUGACACGACUGGGCCCACUAUAACAUUACAGCCAAUCUUUUGGCCGUUGGUUGAAGCAAACAGAAAUAUUUGUUGUUGCAUAGCUUAAAUAAUACAGGAGUUACCCUGUAUGUACACUUUGCUUACCUUAUUUUGUAAGGUGUUUAUAAUGUCUUCUAAAAGAUGAUUCAUGUCAUUAAAGCUGUUUUUUUACAUCCAGAGCCCAAUGUAAAGGUCACCACGCCCCCUCUCCUUAAGAGGAAUUCAUUGACUUGCGUUAAUGUCGUAUACAUUUUCCAUCCCCUUUAAUAAUCACGACUUCUACCCCACUAAAUAAUCUAACUUUCCUAUUCUGGUUUUGAGAAACAGUCACAAAGUUGAAACCAAGAGGAACAUUUUUCAGGACAGACUUUUUUUGCCUUCAGUUAAUGACGUCCAAGUACAGAUAGUUACACACAUGGCCUUCUGAAAGCUCACAUGAGCUUUAUUAAGGGAUUAAUAAGACGAAAAUUGUCUACAUGUAUUUAGAGAUUUCUUAUUCCUGCCAUGUUUCUGGCAGUUAAAGUGACUGAACAUCCAGCUGUGUUUCCCCCUUGAUUUAAAAACACUUAAUUUAAUGUCUUAAUUUGUAUUGAUUCUUUAACGUCUCUAACUAACCUGAGGACUCUCUUAACAUCGGACCUGAUUGAAUUAGAAAUCAUAACACGAUGAUUAUUGUAACACAUUAGAUUGCUUUUAUGAAUCACAGAUAAUCAUGAACUAAUUAAAAAAGUGAAUAUUUUUGACAAAGAUGUACAAAGUGAUUUAAACCAUCAGCGUCGACUCACUGGGAAAAGUCUGCAGUGCCAAGUUUGUUCAUAUGAGAAUAUUUGUAUGUUUAUGUGUCUAUAUUUAUGUAUGUAUUAAUAUUUGAUAUAUAUAUUAUCUAUAUACUAAUUAAUAAAGUGUUAUACCGCCAACA